ACUUCGCAACGUAGUCGACUAUGCGUCAAAUUAAAUGUCAUUGCGUAAAAUAUAAAUAAACCUCCAGUAACUAAGCGAGAGUGUUGUGUUGCUAUAAUUAAUUUUGAAUUAAGCAGUUUAACAUAAAGUUGUUAGAACGGCACCGCGGAGUUUGACUCGUGUGUUCGGAAAAAGUUAUUGUUCGGAAUUCAAAAAGUGCGAACGUGAAAUCCAAGUGUGAAGUUGUGAAUUGACCUAUUUGUGUUCUGACGUCAUCUGUGUUUGUUUCUUUUCGUAGCGCUUUUGCAAGAGUCAAGUGCUUUCGAUAAAGCUUUUAAAAAGUAAAAAGGCGACGGUUUUCCACUUACCAUCAAGCGGGCCAUCUGCUUGGUUAGUCAAUUAUAACUAUUAAAAAAAUACUCGCAUCGACUUGGUAGAGAUAAGAAAAAACAAAUUGAUUGCAUUUCCAAAUAACCACAAACCUCAAAACCCUAGAAUGAUUGAAGUGAAAAAAAAACAUUAAAAAUGUAAAGGCGACGGUUUUCCACAUUCCAUCUGGUGGACCAUCCGCUUGGUUCGUCAAUUAUUACUAUUAAAAAAAACGCAUCGACUUGUUAGAGAUAAAAAAAACAAACUGAUUGCAUUUCCGAAUAAAAAAUCACACCUCAAAACCCUAGAAUGAGUGAGGAAAAAAAACAUUAAAAAUGUAAAAAAAAAAUUAAAAUUAUAAUGGCCGGAACGCGUAACGUGAGCGAGCCGCCGCGCUCCACUGCGUACUACUACGCCGACCUUGAGAAAAUCAAACGUCAAAACGGCGACCUACAAGAUGGUGGAUACAUUCAACACAACUGCGUCCAAGACGCCAGACAGGAUCAAAAUUUGAAUGAGCUCAGCGAAUACGUUGAAACAAACGAGGUUAUAAAUGAUACGGGAACUAAGGAAGUGCCACCGUUCAGAGACAGGUGGAGCCCAGAGUAUUCCACUCCGGAAAAUGGCGUCAAAAUCGGCGAAACCUAUUCCACAGCUGGGACCUUCCCAAUGCCGGAACCGAAAGAGAAGGAGCCAUUACUGGCUGAAUUGGAGAUCGUCGGUCGGGUUCCGUUGACCCAGUUAGAGUCUGGUCAGACAGUUAGGAGAAGCAGGAGUUGGUAUUUAUGCUGUCCGGAUAUAGGUGAAGAGGAGGCGUGCAGGCAGUCCUCCUGGAGGUACUCCAGUCUUCGCCCCGUCACCGCGCCUCCUGCACCACGCCACCAUGGUGAAAUCCAGGUGGCAACCCAAAGCAGCGGGCGGGCGGACGACGUGGUAACACUGCGCGCCGAGAGGGACGCUCUAGCUCGAGCGCUGUCGGCGGAGAGGCAGCGAGCCGCCGCUGCAGCCAGAGCCCACGACGCCAGGCUGGCUGAGCUGCACGGUGUCAUCGCAGAGCUGGUCAGGCGGCGAGCGGCCGACAAACUAACCAAAGCGAUACCAGAGGAAGAGGUGUCAGACGAGUGCGAGUCCACGACGCAGCCGGCGGGCGAACUUGAAAACGACCCGGACAUGUCCCGGACAGAGCUAAAUGACAACUCGUCCCUCCUAAGUCUAACGGAGCUGCCGACGCCGCAAGAUCCUAAACUUGAACCCUUACCCGAAGACACUGAUGUCAGCAGCACUGAACAUAUCAGAAUGGAGCAUCCAAAACUGGAGGUGCCCGUUCCCCAAGGCUCGGAGCAGUGCUCCAGUCUCCAGCUCUCCGAGAGGGACUCCGAGAUCUGUGUCAGCACUGCGAGGUGUUGCCAGUAUGCGCGGGGCGGCCAUACCGGGGGCGCCGCGGGUGGUGGAGGGGGUAGCUGCGAGAGGGACCGCGGCUCACCAGCCCUGAUGCCAGUCUCUCCAGGUCGGUGCGAGUCUAGAGAAGCGAAGGUCGCGUCCCGAAUUCGACUUCGACGCACAGAAGACACUGAAUCCAACCAGAUAUCUGAUGACGAGGCGUGGUGCGUGGAGGCGGCGGAGCGGCUCGCGCUUGACGUGUGCUCGCAAGCGGGACUCCGAGAGGCGCUCGUGGCUGCGUCCAAUGGCGACGAGUCGGUACAGUCAGCGGCGGCGGCGGUGUGGCGAGCGCGUUGCUUGCGACUCGCGGCCGACUGUCGCGUGCUCGACUGCGCGCUCGCACAGGCAGUGGAUACUGCGCACAGGUUAUCAUGCGCGUGCGCAGUGCAAGAGUCAUCGUCGGUGGCGCUGUGCAGUGCUCUGAGGGCCGCGGACCGUGCGCUUGAAACAUACGACGUGUUGCUUGCGCUGGCUGAGACACAGGCUAACACGCACCGGAGUGAGAGCGAGCGAGCGGCAGCCGAGGAGGUGGCUUGUCGUUUACUGCGGCGGCUGGAGGCGGCGCCCGCGUGGGGCGAAGCCCUGCUGUCCCCUGGCCCGUGGCACAACCACCACCAGAACAACGAGUCUGAUAAGGAGGUGGAGCCCUGGAGCUCCGACUGCGAGUGUCGCCUGCGCGCGCACGCCGCACGCCUUAAGCGGGACACCGUGGCGCUCCGGGAGCUACGCCCCCCGCCCUCCUUCUACUCGCCGCACGACAUGGAGGAGGCUGACUCGCGAUGCUCCGACUCCGUCAGUAUGGAGGAGAUGGAGGCAGCCGUCAUGAUGCAGGAAAUGUUGGUGGCCAAGGAAGCGUUGGCGAUGGAUCGCGCGGCCGCGCUACUCAAGGAGAAGAGCAAACCCAGGCGCCCAGAGAAUGAGUGCGGCCGCCGACGCCACAGAGAGAGACACUGGCUGGACACACCUGCGUCCGAGACAGACUUAUAAUACGACACGCUUGAGACUCCGCGCGGACGUUGACACUUUAUCAAUGACACGGACACUGUCAUAGGAAACUGCACUCGCCGUUCCGAUCGCGAGAAGUGGACAGACGGAGACAUUUACAUAUUCGGACACCAGAGUGCCUAGUGUGAGAUUUUCUACCUAGUUGAUCGCGUAAAGUUAAACUACGAUUUGUAAUCGAAAGAGAAAGCGCGAGAGCUCGCCAUGAGAAGAGCCCCAGGGCUCGACGAUAUCGGGGGGAAGUGGGAGACGACGAUCCGAGGGUGCCUCCUGCGAGGGCUCGGACCUCGGCUCGGAUCGACGUUAAUCUUAGUGUUGGUGGACUUUUGGACUAAUCAUUGUCUAGUCCAAAUGCCCCCGUGACCGUGAUAAGGAUCCACGACCUGAUGACGUCUGAAAUCGGGGGCGGUCCGAACAUUCAUCUUUGGAAGUUGUAUAUAUAGUCAAUUUUAAUGUACACUUCGCGAGCGCGAUGCAGGAUUUCAGUGGCGCCAUCUAGUUCGGUAAUGUGGAGACCGCUACAUUAUUCUAAAAACAAUAAUGGGAAGCAUUAACAAUCAAGUGACAGUUCGUCACUAGAUUUUUUAUUUAUAGUAAUGAUUUUCAGACCAAGCUGGCCUGUUUUUUUUGUUUACGGAGGGAAAUCUUAAAACAUAGAUACAUAGAUUCUUUCUUAUAAGUUUGUGGGAUUACUACACUCCCUCGGUAAUCAGCCUCAGUACAUAUACCUGGGGCGUAGGUGUUCAGCCUCAUAUGCCUGUAUUUACACCGGAACACGUCAAUGCUGAUACCAGAAAUAAGCAAUGAUUGCAGUACUUCCCCAGACGAGCUCCGUCACAAAAAACUUUACUACCACUUUAACUAGAUGGCGCUCU